AUGUUCCAAAACCACAAAAGCAUUGGAAUGAUGAAUAUACCCACAAGAUCUUCUGAGCAUAUACGUAGUUCUCGUUUGCAUACAAAAACCAAGACAUACAUUAAACCAAAGGAACGACCAAAAUUCAAACAAUUUCCAACAGAAAAAACUAUGCCUACUUUGGGAUCACUGAAUUCUCCAAGGUCUGAAGAUGAAGGAGAUUCUACUCAUAAAAGUUAGUUCUCCUUUCGCAGAACUCUCAUUGAUACAUUAUCAUUACGACAAUCUCGAAAAACAAGUCUUGAAAGAGAGAAGCAGAUGGAGGACAACAGGUAAGAAAGGAUCGAAAAUGAUAAAUCUUCUGACAAAUAAGCUUUAGAAGAAGAGGCUAAAGAUCCCACUCUAGAUGAGCCAGAAAUCAGACCGAAAAAGGAAUCCCAGUCUAUCAGACCUAAAAAUGAGAGUGUAUCAUCCUAAUUCACUUAACUUACAGAUGAAAUUCACUCAGUUUGGGAUAAUAUGGAUUUGUACUUAAGAGGUGUUCAAUUUGAUGAUUUUGAUCAUUAAAAUCAACUGCAAUCAUUUCUUCAAUUGUAUAAGAUGAGGAGUGGUGGCUUUCCUGGUGCAAAAGAGAAUCUUUAGAAUGAAGAAGUAAUCAGACGGGCAGUUGAAUAUGCAAAAGGUAAUCGACAAGUGUUCAAGAAGUAUUUUCCGACCAAACAAGUAGUUUUUGAAAAUGACGAAGACUAUACAUAAAAUUACGAUGUAAAUGCAGAUCCUAAUUUUAGAAAAUUUCAUAUUUAUUUAAAAAAUUAUAAUUAGCAAUCAUGA